CGCACAGUUUCCGCCGCCCGAUCAAGGACACGAUGGACGGAGUUGUGUACGAGCAAGACGACCACCACCAAGAUGUAGACAAUUUGGGCAGUGCCGGGCACGAUGGGCACCACCAUGAUCCGCACAAGCAAUCCGAACAAUCCUCCCAUUCGAACCACAGUGGGGGCUAUGGCUACCCUGACCAAUCGUCCUAUUCGUCUGCACCAUCCACUUCGUACGGACAGCAUCCAUCUCACGAAGGCAGUAGCAACAAUGGUGGUGGAUAUACAUCGGGGGCACCGUCUACAGGAGCUGGCAAGAUCUUUGUUGGUGGGGUGAGCUGGGAGACGACCGAAGACAACCUCCGCUCCCACUUUGGGCAGUACGGCGCGUUAACCGACGCGGCAUUGAUGAAAGACAAGUAUUCGGGUCAACCUCGUGGGUUUGGGUUUGUGACGUUUGAAGAUGCUUCAGUCGUCGACCGAGUGCUAAGCGAGUCACACACGCUGGACGGCCGCAACGUAGAAGUGAAACGCGCAGUGCCUCGAGAUAGCAUUGGUGGGGGUCGGUCAGGCCCUCAUUCUGGAGGAGGCAGUGGAGGCUAUAGUGAUCGAAGCGGGGGCGGUCGCCCCGGCGAGUCGAAGAAGAUAUUUGUCGGAGGACUGCCGCCGUCGGUCACGAAUGACGAUUUCCGCGCGUACUUCGAAGACUAUGGCAAAAUCACGGAUGCGAUUGUCAUGAUGGAUCGCGACACGCAGCGGUCACGAGGGUUUGGCUUUGUCAGCUUUGAAGAAGAAGGGGCGGUCGCGGAAGUUAUGAGUAAAAACCACGAGUUGCACGGCAAACUCGUGGAAAUCAAGCGCGCGGAGCCCAAGGGAGAAGUGCGCAGUGGGGGCCGUGGAGGCUACGAUGCGGUCGGUGGCUACGGCGGUCGUGGUGGCUCCUACGGCGGCGGCUAUGGUGGCCGUGGAGGUCGAGGUGGUGGCUAUGGCGGUGGUGGCUAUGGCGGAGGUGGCUACGGCGGCGGCGGCUACGGCGGUGGUUACGGUGGUCGCGGUGGUCGUGGCGGGGGUCACCCUGGCGGCUACGGUGGCGGUUAUGGUGGCGGCUACGGCGGCGGCUACGGCGGUGGUUACGGUGGCGGCUACGGUGGCGGCUAUGGCGGUGGCUAUGGCGGCUACGCAGGUGGCUACGGUGCUCCUGCUCCUGGCGGCUAUGGCGGGUACGGCGGGUACCCUGCUUACGGAGGAUACCCUGGCUAUGAUCCGUCUGGUGCUCCCCCUUCGGCCGAAGGAUCGGCUCCCCCUGAUGGCCACGGCCCGUACGACGACCAGUCGUAUGGUGGCUAUGGCAGCUACCCGCGUCAAGGUCAGCAAGGUCAAGGAGGCGGUGGCAAUGGCCCUAAGUCAGACCGAUACCGCCCAUAUUAAGUGCACUUGCAGUAUAUAAACCGCUGAAAUCUAAACUUCUUUCUUAUA